GACUCCAAAGUCCCGACCAGAAGCCUCCUUAAAGCCGCCGUUACGCACCGGUCCUAUCAGACGUCAUGACCUCCAGCGCCAAGGACCUCCCCGGAGACGCGCAGAGCGCGGACGCGGCCGCCGCCCUGCUGGCCUCGCUCCACCUGAUGCCCUCCCCGCUGCCCAACCCGGACAUCAAGCACACCCAGAUCUUCAUCGACAACGAGUGGCAUGACUCCGUCAGCGGGAAAGUCUUCCCAGUUUACGACCCGGCCACUGGGGAGCAGAUCUGUGAGGUCCAGGAAGCAGACAAGGCUGACGUGGACAAGGCGGUGCAGGCCGCACGCCGCGCCUUCGCCCUGGGCUCGCCGUGGCGCCGGAUGGAUGCUUCGGAGCGAGGUCGACUGCUGGCCAAACUGGCCGACCUGGUGGAGAGAGACAGCGUCUACUUAGCGACGAUGGAGUCGCUGGACUGCGGGAAGCCCUUCCUGACCACCCUGUUUGUGGAUCUCCAGGGAACCAUAAAGACCCUGAGAUACUUUGCCGGCUAUGCCGACAAGAUCCAUGGCACCACCAUUCCAAUGGAUGGGGAGUAUCUUACAUUUACCAGACACGAGCCAAUUGGAGUCUGCGGACAAAUUAUCCCUUGGAACUUCCCCCUGAUGAUGGCUGCGUGGAAGCUGGGCCCGGCGCUGGCGGCGGGGAACGCGGUGGUCCUGAAGCCCGCCGAGCAGACCCCCCUCACCUGCCUGUACCUGGGAGCGCUGGUCAGAGAGGCCGGCUUUCCGCCGGGAGUCGUCAAUAUUUUGCCGGGGUUCGGGCCAACGGCUGGAUCUGCCAUCGCCUCUCACAUGGGCAUCGACAAAGUGGCGUUCACGGGUUCCACUGAGGUGGGCAAGCUGAUCCAAGAGGCAGCUGGACGCAGUAACCUGAAGAGGGUGACGCUGGAGCUGGGAGGAAAGAACCCCAACAUCAUAUUCGCAGAUGCUGAUAUGGACCUGGCCGUGGAGCAGGCCCACCAGGGGGUGUUCUUCAACGCGGGCCAGUGCUGCACCGCCGGCUCACGCAUCUUCGUGGAGGAGCCCAUCUACGAGGAGUUUGUCCGCCGCAGCGUGGAGAGGGCCAAGAGGAGGGUCCUGGGGAGCCCCUCAGACCCGACCACCGAGCAGGGCCCGCAGAUCAGCCAGGAGCAGCAGGCCCGGGUCCUGGAGCUCAUCCAGAGCGGUAUCAGCGAGGGGGCGACGCUGGAGUGCGGGGGCAAAGCCCACGGGCUGAAGGGCUUCUACGUGGAGCCCACCGUCUUCUCCAACGUGACGGACGACAUGCGCAUCGCCAAGGAGGAGAUCUUCGGGCCGGUACAGCAGAUCAUGAAGUUCAAGACCCUGGAGGAGGUGAUCGAACGAGCCAACGACACUGACUACGGCCUGGCCGCCGCCGUGUUCACCAACGACAUCAACAAGGCCAUGGCUAUCUCCACCGCCGUGCAGGCCGGAACCGUCUGGAUUAACUGCUACAACGCCCUGAGCACACAGUGUCCAUUCGGAGGAUACAAGAUGUCCGGUAACGGUCGAGAGCUGGGGGAGUGUGGCCUGAAGGAGUACUCCGAGGUGAAGACCAUCACCAUGAGGCUGCUGGCCAAGAACUCCUAAUGGCGCCUCUGGUGGCGGUGGGGGGUCGUGGCCUCCCUCGGCCCACCCGCUCCGUGGAGGCCAGCCUCGCGGCCGUCUGCAUCGUGGAUCACUCCAGGCUGACCUCAGCUCCACCGCACCACUCGGACAACACCACCCAAACCCGCCGUCUACCAAGCCAGUAUGUUGGUGCCGUCACCACAAGGAAACCCGUCAUCUAGCCUCUCUGAUCCCACUAACUACACUUCAGCACUCUGAGAAACAAUGGUGACACCCUGCAAGGAACUACAUUACCCAGACUCCUCUACUGCUAACACCGCUUGGCCCUGAGCCGGGGCGACGGGACGGGAUCGACGCACUUCCACUCAUCCUACGUCGUCGGCGUCGGUGCGUCGGUGGAGACAGAAGUCGUGUUGUGUGCAGAAUCACUUCUAAAACCUCAUCCUAUACAUGGCAGUCCGCCACGAGAACGUCUAACGCAAAGAGUCCGUUUAGUCCACUGACGUGUUGAACCUCAGAUAUGAUUGGACGAGUCUGGUUAUAUGUUAAUUCCUAAUUUUAAUUAAUGACUUAUGUCUUUGUUUAAUGUUAGCUUUUAUGACUUAACACUGUAUGUGAUUUGUUUUGGACUUUGAUGUAAAGAACGACGUUAACCUCUGUCCAGAGGCCAUCAUCAUGUUACACAUUCUCCUCGAUACCCGUGUAUGUGUAUGUAAUGUUUGUUUAAUCAUAUAGUAUGAAAUAUAAUAGUUUAAAAUUGACCAUGGUUUUUUUUAGUAAAAGAAACCUUUUCUUUCAAACCUUGUUCACUGUGUGUUCACUGUCAGUUUCUAAUGAUAUAUUAUGUGCUCAGGUUUCAUAUUAAUGUUGGGGUACUCCGGUUUGGACCAUUAGCUGGGGUUAGCUAUAGUGUGUAAAGUAUGCCACCAUUCAAACGUGGCUCCAGUACAGUUAGGCUAACAUUUCAUCAAUCGACAAUUUAAAUUAAUCAGAAAUAGAUCAUCCCUCAUAAAUAUACAUUUUAAUUGUUAAUUAUUUUGGGGGAUUUCCCCUGUCUUAACAGACUCCUAGCAUGAAUCGUGUACGUUUAGCCCCAACAUCUAGAUGAGCCACACAGAUCUGAAACGGGUUAAUCCUUUAAGAAAUACUUUGGUUUACAAUACUUGAAUGUGACAGCUCCACCUACUGGGCAGGUAUGAGAACGCCUACGUAUGGCUUGUCUCAUGUUCGACUGUUGACACAAUAUUUAACACUCCUUUUGAAAUGGCAUGCUGUCCUUUACACCCUCUUUAGUCUUCGCCUUCAGGAUGGAGGUUUAGACGGUGGUCAGUGACCAAUAUGGUGCUCAAACAAAGGAUAUUAUUCUAAUAACUAAGAAAUAGGAAACGAAAAGUCCCAAUGCGAUGAGCGAUACUCUGUGCGGUCUGGUUGCUGUUCCCCAUGGCUUCUAGCUCUGAAUGAUCGGCGUUCUCACAGUCUUUGAGCACGCAAAUCAUUCAGAGAUAGAAGCCAGAGCCAGUAUCUUGCUGAGAAGGAAAAAGGCUCUGCUUUAUUGAAGCAGUGUGUUAAUCAACAGAGAUUUAAUCUGAAGUGAUUUAAAAAGCGAAUCCUCGGUAUGUGGGCGGUUGUUAAGAAAUAUGAAUUCAACACACAAGCAGCCCUGAUAAUGGCAGGGAUGCAGAUUAAGUAGAACGCUGCACAACUACGAGGUUUAAAGUAAACAUUAAACCUCCUUCCUCGGGAUAAGCGGUUAAAACAUCAUUAAUACCGCGCGAUAAAGGCUGCCAGAGUUUUAUCUUGCUUGUACAAUAACAACCCCACACGGUUCUGGAAUGGAGCUAUCGCUGAAGAAAGGGGAUUGUGCAGAACUCGUAAAUUAUAUGUUUACUCCAGACCGGCUCGGUUUAGUCAGACACGACCCCGUUGGACCAGAACCCGUUUGGAAAUAUUGUGUUUUACUGCACAAGCACAACCUCAAAUAAAAGACCUGAUCUCUGAGCCAGACCACACACCAACAGGGGACACUCACCCUGAGUCCAGAUGUCUCCGGAUCCUGUUGAAGCUAUGUUUAGACAGUUCAUAGACAGUCAGAUCUUUGAUAUAAUUUCUUUCUUUCCAUGAGCAAGCUCAUUUAACUUUAAUGUUGGCUCGUCCUCGUCCCUAUAAUGUAGAACGUACUCACAGGGUAGUCAUGUCCAAUAGGCCUUAAUCACAGAGGUGGAACUGUCGGGGUGAACACAGGUGCAUCUCAAGACAUUAAUCCUGAGCACUGGGAUGCCCACAGACCUCUCAUUAACUUAAUGAGCCACACCUGUCCCUGUAAACCUGUGAUAAGUCCGGUUGGUAUGUGUUUGGGUAUGGACGGACUGAAGGUGGAUGGAGGUAUGGAUAUACAGGCAUUACUUCUCUGCAAAAUGCUUUCCUGGAUUGAACAUACAUGACGUGACAUUCAGUCAGGUCUCAUCAGUUUGUUCCCGGAGCUUCAACUCCUCCACAAACGAUGGACAAUGUAUGUGUUCACAGCCAUGAAUAAAUAACUUAGGAGUCACAGAUAUGGACAUUACUCUGAACUUAAAAUAAUAAAAGACAUUGUAAUCUCUUCACUUAUUUUCAAUUUGUCUGUUUGUCUCGAGUUGAGAAGUUACAUUUACAUUGAGGGCAUUUAGAAGACACUUU